UUUUACUUAUUCUUUUUUCUCUCUCGCCCUUUAUGACCUUUUUCUCUCUUCCUCUCCAUCUCUCUCACUCUCUUUUCACUCUGUGAAACCCAGCAACAUGGCUCAUCACACCUACUAACACAUAGCACAAACACAGCCACGUACCCAAAUCCAAAAUAACCAAAAUCUAAAAAAAAAAAUAAAGACCAAAAAAAAAUAUUUUGCAUAAACUCAUCAAUCCACCACCAUCAAACCCCCACUACCAUCACCAAAUUGCAAAUACUCACACCAUUAAACACCCACCACCACCACCAAUACCCACAACCAAAACACACACCACUGAAAAUUAUCCACCACCAUCACCAAAUUGCAAAUACCCACCACCAUCACAAGACCCACUACCAUUAAACAACCACCACCACCAAUACUCACAACCAAAACACCCACCACAAAAUUCCCAACACCAAACACCCAAAAAUAUAGCAAAUACCCACAAGAUCAAAUAUAGAGAGGUGAAGAUCUGAGUGAUAGAGGAGAGAGAGGCGAGUCUGAUCGCCACCGCCAAGCUCUUGCCUUUCUCCUCAAACUUGCCGUUGGCUACUAGAGAGAGAGAGAGAGAGAGAGUGUGACGAAGAGAGUUUGAAAGACACAGAAGAGAUCUUUGGGUUGGUUGUCGAGAGAAAUAAAGAGAGAGAAGAAAAAUCAGAAACAGUAAGAGAGAAAGAAGAGAGAGACAGUAAACACUAGUAUCAACUCUGGUUAUUAAAAGAAAGAGAACCCAACUCACCCCAAAAAAAAAAAAAAGGAAAAAAAGAAAGAAAAUGCAGCACCCAAUGGCCCCUGAGGAUCCUGCAAUUAUUUCCCUGAUCCUUUAUUGCAUUUGUUUAAAAUUAUCUCCCGACCUCUUCUUUGCGAUCCCUCUUAUCGGAGUAUUCAUUUUUAUCAUAAACUCAAAUUAUGUCCCAUUUCUCCUAUCAAAAAUAAAAAAAGAUGUCCCAUUUCAGUUCUUAGAACACGAGGUCAAGUGGAUUCGACGAGAACUUAGAUUAUUGCAUGCUCUUUCAGAAGAUGUAAGAGGUGUUUCGAAAUCUGGGGAAGAAAUCAAUAUGAUAGCCAGUCAGCUCUGGGACUCAGAAAUCAACCCGGAAAUUAAAUUACUAAAUCGAACUGAGGCAGGCUGGAUAGAGCGUACUGAUGAUUUGGCAUUCCUUGCAGCGAGUGUUUUUAAGAGGUUUCAGGUGUACAAUGAGAGGAGACAUUUUGGCAAAUGGUAUUUUUUGAGUCAUAACCAUUAUGCCCUUUUCGAUGAGAUGAAGCGGAUCGAGAAGGAAAUAAAAGCUCACCUUAAGGAAACGGCUGGCAUCUGUGGAGCAUUGGAGAGAUCAACGGCUCAUAUUCAAAGCCUGCAGGACAGACCCACGUCUACCAGUUUUAAGAAGCCAGCAGCUGCGUUGAUUUCCUCCAUUCCAAAGAAAGAAAAUGAAAAACGGCAUUCAGUGGAUGGAAUGGAAGAGAAAAUACAGCUAAUCGAAUUGCAACUGUCGUUACUCCUUGCUUUCUUGAGAGAUUUAGAAGGGCUCGAUUUUCAAAGUGAAACGGAAAAGGCCUGGGUGGAGGAAGCCGUCGAGAUCAUUGAGGAAGCACAGUAUGCUAUCGAGACGUUCAUACAAACAACAGAGAGGCAUAAGCUUACGGAGGAUAUAAAUGAUGGGUUUUUGGAGCUCCUCAAUCGAAAGGAAAGGUAUUGUUUAAAAUUUAACAGAAGAUAUCCAUCAAAAUCUGUUACUCGCACAGUUGUUUCACAUGUGAAAGUCAAUAAAGAUAACUGGCUCGAUCAGAUGCAAAAUUGCUUGUCUGGAGAAUAUCAUCAAGUCCAAAGGCUGUGUGAUCAGUUGGAGAAAAUGGAUCGCCUUUUUGAAGAAGCAAAUGCAAUUGAAGGCGUAGAUAAUUUCAGAACGGCCUGUUUGGAACAAAUGAACGAAACUGCUAAAAAUGCGGAGCAAACCUUAGAAACCUAUAUACAAACUGAAAAAGAAGAAAUUUUGAACUACUUAUUCGAUGACAGAAAAUCUGAGAGAGCACAGGCGGCAAAGCUUUCUGAGGAAAAUGAUCGAAUGAGUAAAGUUAUCUAUGUUCUUCAAAGAAGCAUCAAUUUAUAUCGCAUUGAAAUAAGGAAAGAGUCAACCUCGGUAGUAGGUUUGGAAGAAGACAUACAUGGAUUGAUCUCAAGAUUAACCAUCGACGAAAAACCAAUUGUUUCCAUUGUGGGAAUGAGAGGCAUCGGGAAGACAACACUGGCAAAGAAGGUUUACAACCAUGGAGCCAUUACGAAUUAUUUUAAUGCCCGUGGUUGGGUCUCUCUAUCUCAGAAGCCCUUUGGUAAUACACUUCAGAAUGAAGAUGAAAAGCUGAUCCUAGGAGAAUUGGAAAAAUUGGGGGAACAGAAUGGAGGAUCCUGGAUCGAGAAGUUACGUCAUUUCUUGGAGAAGGAAAAGAACCUUCUAGUUCUGGACAAUAUUAGUUCAGGGCAAGUCUGGGAUACUCUAAUUGAUACAGCAUUUCCAGCAAAUGGGAGCAAAAUUAUGGUUACCACACGCGACAAGAGUCUAGCUUCACAAGCUGGCCAAAGCAGCACUCAGCACCAACUUCGAUUAAGAACCAAAGAAGAGAGCUGGAAGCUUUUUACCCAGAUGGUGCCUGAAAUUCCUCCAGAAUCAGAAAAAAUCAUUAAAGCAAAAGUUCUAGAAAGAUGUGAGGGCCUGCCGCUUGCCAUUUUCCGUCUUGGGUAUCAUUUGAUAGGGAAACAUGUGACAAAGGAGAAUUUCUUAAUGGCGCUUGAGAGCAUUGAACACUACGAAAAACCAUGGAUAGAAGCCGUGGUACGUGAAGAAUUGCCUGAUCAACUGAUGAAAUGUAUCGCAUACAUUAGAAAAUUCCCUAGUGACUAUGAAAUCCCUGCAAGAAGAGUGGUCGCUUCAUGGGUUGCAGAAGAGUUAGUACAACAAAGUGCAGAAGAUUCCCCUGAAUGUGUUGCAGAGAAGUGUUUAGCCGAUUUGAAAAAUUGGUACAUAAUUCAAGUACUGGAAAGAAAACUAGAUGGGAAGAUCAAGACAUUUUGUUUAAUUAAUGCUCUGCGAGAGCACUUGUCCCAAGAUGAAAGUUCAGAUCAGAGGCUUGCCGAUCAAUUUCAUGAAAGGGAUGAUUCUUUCAAAUUUAUUCAUGGUGAACUCAAAGAUUCCUCAGAUGAUUUGCAAAAAUAUAAAGAUCUCCUUUCAUAUCUCUCUUUUGAUCCACGAGAAGGGAAUAAACCUGGAGAAGAUAUAGGAAACUUUUUUGACAGGGGCAUUGCAACUGGGUGCUUCCGUUUGUUAAAGGUUCUUGAUCUUGAACGUGUAUUCAGACCAAUAUUGCCCAAGAGCAUAGGAAAUCUAAGUGCCCUGAAGUAUCUGGGAUUAAGGUGGACUUACCUUGAGUUCAUCCCAUCAUCCAUUGGCAACCUGAAAAACCUCAUAACCUUGGACUUGAAGCAUACGUAUAUCCGCAAACUCCCAGCUUCAAUAUGGAAACUGCAGAAACUUCGGCACCUAUACUUGAACCAGAGUUAUCGAAGUAAAUUUGUGCGACCAAGUGGUACUGCACUAAAGAAUCUUCAAACAUUAUCGGGUGUAUUUGUAGAUGAAGAGAGUCCUCUAAACAAUGGCCUAAAUAGGUCGAUGAACCUUAGAAAAUUGAAAUUGGCCUUUCAUUGGGAGUUAUCAGAAAAAGGAAAAGUGGUUUUGGCAGAGUGGAUUUCGCGACUGAGCCUCCUUCAAUCUCUAAGGUUGAGAUCAAUUGGUGAAAUGGGUGAACCUUCGGAUCUACACCUGGAGACUUUGUUAGACCUUGAGAAACUCUCGAGCCUAUAUUUGUUUGGAAGGCUAAAGAAACCAUCCAUCAUGGAAAAGCUCCCACAGAGCCUUACUGAGGUUACCCUGUCGGCUUCUCAGCUCUUAGAGAAUCCAAUGCUCAAAUUAAGUAAACUUCGCGAUCUCAGGUCACUGUGUCUUUAUUCUGGUUCUUACAAGGGAACAGCCAUGGUUUGCUAUAGUGACGACUUUCCCCAACUUCUGGUUCUGAAACUUUGGAUGCUAGAUGAUCUGGAAAGAUGGGAUGUGAAGGAAAAAGCAAUGCCAAAUCUCAGGGAGUUGGAAAUUCGGUCCUGCAACAAAUUGGAGAUUCCCACAGGGCUGAAGCACUUAGAUAGUCUCCAAGAAUUGAAGUUGACAAAUAUGCCAAAAGAUUUCACAACAAUACAGGAAAAGAAGUGGGAAAUUUGGGGCGACAUUGACUACCCUCCCAGGAUCACAAUAGAGAACUGGUAGCUAGCUAGUCCAAGUUGAGUGGAACGUACUCAGGUAUUUAUGCAUUCUAGUUAUGUCUUUCUUUUCAAUUUCGUUACUUCCGAUUUAGCUGUCUCUCAAAAAAAUGCUGAAAAUUUUAUCACUGAAUUGUAACAGCUUUCAUUAUCAUCUGUCCCUUAGUGUUGAUCUGGCAUUGGACAAAAGCAAGAGAGAAUUGUUGGAGGAUGAUUAUGUCAAUCUUCUAUUUGGAUCCUCAUGAGGGUACUUGUUUGAAUAAAUUGGAGAAUUGGUUGAUAAGAAGUUCUUCCAAAUUUUGGUUGCUUUGUUGUUAUUUGUAUUUUAACUCUUUCCGGAGAAUGUAUCUGUUUCUCUCUCAGUGGUGAACUCUGAUGUAUCUUCUUGAAUAAUAAGUAGCUUUGUGGUUCUAGUUGUUA